CUCUUUCUAUUUUUGUGUUUGUUUUAUGCUGUGCAGUCCCAGAGAUCUUCAACUCUAAAAGCCUGGCUCUUCAAGCUCAGAAAAAGAUCUUGAGUAAGAUGGCAACGAUGGCGGUGGCCAACAUGCUCAUCGAUGACACCAGCAGCGAGAUCCUGGACGAGCUGUACAAAGUUAGUCGAGAGUACACCAAGAACAAGAAGGAAACAAUCAAAAUCAUUAAAAACGUGAUCAAAAUCGCCUUGAAAAUCGGGAUCCUCUACAGGAACCAUCACUUCAGUCCAGAGGAGCUGGAGACCGUGGAGAAGUUCAAGAAGAAAAUGAAUCAGAGCGCCAUGACCGCGGUCAGCUUUUACGAGGUGGAUUACACCUUCGACCGCAACAUUCUCUCCGAACUCCUCAACGAGUGCAAGGACCUUCUGCAUGAACUCGUGGAGCACCACUUGACAGCAAAAUCCCACAGGCGCAUCGAUCAUGUUUUUGAUCAUUUUGCUGAUGCAGAGUUUCUUUCUGUCCUUUACAGUCCUUGUGAAGAAUACAGACUAUACUUGAAAAAGAUCUGCGAGGGUAUUACCAAACUACUUGACGAGGGAAUUCUUUAACCUGUUCCUUUAUAUGUCGUGCUGUCUUUUAUGAACUGUACUUUUAUUUUUUGGAUGUGUUUUCACAAUAUAUGACUGGCUAUACUAGUAAAUCAUCCUGAUCUGUACAUCCUAGGGUUAGCAAUUUUGAUAGUUCAUAUGUUUGUAAUUGGAGAGGACCUUAAAUUCUAUUUCACUUGGUGGAACUCCCCACACCUCAGCAAAUGGAUUCGGAUACUAUAGACUUGGUUUCAUUGGUUGAAAUCACCAGUAUUUUGUUUUGAUUUAAUGUUCCCUGUUAAAGAAAUAAAUCAGGUGGCUGGAAUCACUUUCCCUUUAA